AUGGUCGCUGAAAUCACCAAGGAUAUCCAGCAGCUCGAUCAUGCAAAACGAAAUCUUACAGGCUCAAUAACGACACUCAAUAACCUAGCCCUCAUUGUUGGGGAUAUCGAUCACUUGAACGCGACUUUGUGCGUUAAUACGCAUGCUCCUGGAAAGAGCGCCCCCUCCACAAAUCCCUUCGGCUCAGAAAAUUCUCCCAAGGUUCUUCAGUCAGCAGAAAUUGAGGACCACUUGGCCCGCGCUCAGCGUCUAAUGGAGCCAAUGAUAACCACCUACUCAUCUGUUCCUGCCGUCAUUGAGCUCAACGAAGAACUUGAAAACAUCUACACGAUUAUAAAUUCUCGAUUAUCCAUUGAAAUGCGUGAGCUUCUAGCGAGUCCCUCUGCUCGCAUAUUGACUGAAUAUGCACCAAAGAUUCUCACAGGCUGUCGUCUAUUAGACCUGCUACCGAAAGAUAACAUGAAAAUGGAAAUAAUCAAUUGGUUCAUAACUCAGCAACUUGCUGAAUAUCGAGAACUGUAUGAGCCCUCGCAAGCCAUUGCAUGGCUGGACAAAAUUGAUCAUCGAUUGAUUGUCGAAUUCUGUCGUAAUACGCGAACUGAUUUAGAAGUCGUCAUGCAACGUCGUCGAGCAGAGAUAACUCAUAAUCUCCUGGUGUUUGCAAUGCAGCGUACGAUUGCGUUUGAGACCAGUCUCUCGAAGAUUGCAACAGGCGCGACAUUGUUGAAGGAACAUGGAGAGUCCGAGGGAAGGGAUGAGAUGCCCAUCAAAGGUGGAGAAACCGCUGAGAAGGAGUCUAGUAACCCAUUUGACGAGGAUGUGGAAGCCGAAGAACAGAAAAAUAUCUCUCAGAGGCCCAAAUUGCAACAAACUGUGUCUCCAUUUGAGGGGAUCAUUUCGAAUUGCUUUGCUCCAUAUUUUGACCUCUACUUGAACCACAUCGAACGGGCUCUAAACGAUCAACUGACUACGCGACUGAUAGGCGACUAUACCGUGAACAAAUCGAGCCUAAAAAGCCGAGCCUUUGGGGAUGCCUUUCGAGACGGCGCUGUUCCGGGAGUUCCAGCGAGUGGAGAUUUGGCUGAAAAUACACUUUACUCAGCCACUGACUUGUUCCUCCUGUACAAGCAGCUUCUCAAGCAGACACUCCAGCUGACUCGAGGCCAGGGUCUUUUGGGGUUGGUAAAAUUGCUUCGGAAGUACCUCAACGAAUACACAGAGAAAGUCCUACUGCCAGGCAUACCCGGUCAUCCUUCCAAUUCUUCAACUGGCGGUGUUCUUGCGAAACCUUUUAGUCUCAGCAGUCUUGCCUCAUUGAGUUAG